AUCUGAAAAAGGACAUUUUAGGAAUAAAAAGAAAGAAGCUAAAACCUGACUAUAAAAAUGAACGAGAGAGCAGCUUACUUGUAAAACCCUAUCACCUCUCUUACUAUUAUUAUCUCUCUUCUGCUUUGCCGCCACGAUUUCAGCUUUAGAUCGCUUCUAUUCCAAAGCUUGAAGCUAAUACUGCAGAAUGGGCAAGGAAAAGACUCACAUUAACAUUGUCGUAAUUGGCCAUGUCGACUCUGGAAAGUCAACCACCACUGGCCACUUGAUCUACAAGCUUGGAGGUAUUGACAAGCGUGUCAUUGAAAGGUUUGAGAAGGAAGCUGCUGAGAUGAACAAGAGGUCAUUCAAGUAUGCUUGGGUGCUUGACAAGUUGAAGGCUGAGCGCGAACGUGGUAUUACCAUUGAUAUUGCCUUGUGGAAGUUUGAGACCACCAAAUAUUACUGCACUGUCAUCGAUGCCCCUGGACAUCGUGACUUUAUCAAGAACAUGAUUACUGGUACCUCCCAGGCCGAUUGUGCUGUACUUAUCAUUGACUCUACCACUGGAGGUUUUGAGGCAGGUAUUUCCAAGGAUGGACAGACCCGUGAGCAUGCUCUGCUUGCUUUCACUCUCGGUGUCAAGCAAAUGAUUUGCUGCUGCAACAAGAUGGAUGCCACAACCCCCAAAUAUUCAAAGGCUAGGUAUGAUGAAAUUGUGAAGGAAGUGUCUUCCUACUUGAAGAAGGUUGGUUACAACCCUGAGAAGAUUCCUUUUGUCCCCAUCUCCGGUUUUGAGGGUGACAACAUGAUUGAAAGGUCCACCAACCUUGAUUGGUACAAGGGUCCAACUCUUCUCGAGGCUCUUGACCAGAUCAAUGAGCCCAAGAGACCCUCUGACAAGCCACUCCGUCUUCCACUUCAGGAUGUGUACAAGAUUGGAGGUAUUGGAACUGUCCCUGUGGGUCGUGUUGAAACUGGUAUCCUCAAGCCUGGUAUGGUUGUAACCUUUGGUCCCUCUGGAUUGACCACUGAAGUUAAGUCUGUUGAGAUGCACCAUGAGUCUCUUCCUGAGGCUCUUCCAGGUGACAAUGUUGGCUUCAAUGUCAAGAAUGUUGCUGUGAAGGAUCUGAAGCGAGGAUAUGUUGCUUCGAACUCAAAGGAUGAUCCCGCCAAGGAGGCAGCUAAUUUCACUUCCCAAGUCAUCAUCAUGAACCACCCAGGGCAGAUUGGAAAUGGAUAUGCACCUGUCCUUGACUGCCACACCUCCCACAUUGCGGUCAAGUUUGCAGAGUUGGUGACCAAGAUUGACAGGCGAUCUGGUAAGGAGCUUGAGAAGGAACCCAAGUUCUUGAAGAAUGGUGAUGCAGGAUUUGUUAAGAUGAUUCCCACCAAACCCAUGGUUGUGGAAACAUUCUCUGAGUAUCCCCCACUGGGUCGUUUUGCUGUGAGGGACAUGAGGCAGACUGUUGCUGUCGGCGUUAUCAAGAGCGUGGAGAAGAAAGAUCCAUCUGGAGCCAAGGUGACGAAGUCUGCUGCCAAGAAGGGUGGGAAGUGAACCGUGCGGGUUUCAGUUGAUCCAACCAAACUAUUUUAUGGUUACUACAAUAAAACAUUGCUUCUCAUUAGUGGGUCAGCCAUCAUUGGACGAUUAGUUGUGUGUUUUGAUGGUAAUAGUUUUAAGUCAUCACCAUCUUGUCGAGGAUGUUGUUCACAGAACUGGGUUCUUGAUCGACGGUGGUGAGGCUUUUGUGUUUUUCAGAGUCUGCCGUCUGUGAGAGUAAUUAUAAACUUUGAAUGGUGUCUUGUGUUCCCAUUAUUUAUGGCAAUCAGCUCAGGAGUUUUAGGUCUGGUCCUGGGCUUUUCUGCUUGAAUGUGUUCUAUCAAACAUUUAUAUACAGUCAAAACUAGUUUGUUUUUCUGUUA